AUGUCCACCGCCAUUGUUCUCCCAACCCUCACCCAGUGGACAAAGAACCACAUCACAGCGCUCAUCCAAGCAUCCAACAACACCGACCUUACCGCUGCGCUCGACGCGUUCUUUUCCAAGGACGCCACCAUCAUAGUAAACGGCGUUCAAGUUUCACGCCUGGAUUUCGCCAAGCAGGUCAAGAUCGAGAACUUCGACGAGGCUGGCGCCAGCGUUGCGUUCAGUGCUAACGUCGAAGUGCCCAAGGAUCAGGACAAGCCUUUUGAUGCAGGCUCCGUUGGAGUUUUCUACACCGCAAUCAUAAGUCAAGCAAUCCGUAUUCGAGACGUGCCUGUCAGCAGCCAGGUCAUCGCAUCUGUCAACGUGGUAAUCGAACAAGAUCCGAGCAUUCCUCCUCCUCCGCCCUCUCCCAUUCACGGUUUCUUCGACGGAAGGAGGGUCAAGGCGUUGAACCAAGUGAUCUUUCAGGGGCCGGUAACCGACCAGACCUUUUCCUGA